AUGGACCCAGAGUCGGCCAACGUGGAACUCCGGGCUAGGACUGACCAGCCGCUACAGGGACCCUGGCCGCGGGCCAGUGGGCAGCCGGCCAAUCAAGAACUACCUCUUCGGCAGCACCUUCCACUCAAGAUGAAGGACCCUCCAGGGUGUCUGAGGAGGGGAGGGCAGGGCAGGCGGGGCAGGGUGGCCUGCUGGGGGCCUGAGGCGACGGCUCCAGGCCAGGCAGCCCCAGGCCCGGGGUCCCUGCAGAAGCCUAGCUCCCCUCCCCCACCCCCCGCGUCCCUGGGGACACUUCCGGGCCCGCCUGCCCCCCAGAAGGUGGGUGCCGAGGAGAGGGAAGGGAGUCAAGGCCCAGGAUUCAAGGGCCCAGAGCCCGCCCGGGGCCUCUGCUCUUCCUCCUUCCUUCUCCGCCUGCCAGGCAGCCCCGGGUUCCUCACCUGCGCCCCGCCCGCCGCCCUGCGCACAGGCCCCCUCCCAGGGCCUGGACAAGGAAGCGAGGGGCAGUCUUUCCCUUCCUCCCCAGCCUCUCCCCACAACUGCUCCUGCCCCCAGGCGCAGCCCCCUCCUCUGAGAUCUCAGAACAGAGGCCAGCGCAGCAGAGGUGUCCCCCGCCCCGUGCCUGGGCAUCGCCUGAUGGAAAGGGGGCAACGGAAGCACCCCCAGGCCUGUGGAGGGCAGGCAGGUCCGCAGAAGAACGCAUAUCUCUCCUCGGCCCAUAUCAGGGUCUGCGGUCUCUACUUCCCCGAACCACAACAAGGCCCGACCUGGCUGGGAGCAUCAGCACUGGCCCUUCCGAUUUACGAUUCACGAUUCAGGCCUCGACCUCCUCUCCUCCAGCCCUGGCAGCCUCCGGGCUCCGCUUUCUGGAGGGACACAGCUUCCCCAACCCACCUGGCCUCCCACCCGCCCUCCGGGGAGUCCAAGUCCCAGCCCAGGGCCCCAGGGCGGGUAGAGGGGGUGGGACCUCGCCUUCCCUUUGUGCAGCUGGGGCUGGGAUCCAAGGGCGUUGCCUCGGGCGAGGGGCCCCGAGGCCCACAGUCUCCUAAGCUGCGGGAGGGCUGGAGCUGCCUUGCCCUCCGUGGUGUCUCCAGCCCGGUCCAGUGCCCCUGA